GGGGGGCCGGGGAGGAGGCCCCCAAAAUAUGCAUAUAUGAAAAAAAGCCAAAAAAAUAAAAAUUAAAAAGGAGCCGUCACUGACAGGGAAUCUUAACUAGAGAAAGAAACAGGACCAAACUGGCAGGCUUGGCGGAAGCAGAGCUGGCAGCGUCCCAGACAAGAAGGUACCCCAAAACAUUUGUUCCUAUGCAUAAAGAUGUCUUUGGUGGACUUGGGGAAGAGGUUGUUAGAAGCAGCAAGAAAAGGCCAAGAUGACGAAGUAAGAACAUUAAUGGCAAAUGGUGCCCCAUUCAGCACAGACUGGCUUGGAACAUCGUCCCUCCACCUUGCAGCCCAGUACGGCCAUUAUUCCACAGAAGUGCUCCUUCGUGCAGGUGUUAGCAGGGAUGCCAGAACCAAAGUGGAUAGUACUCCUCUGCACACGGCUGCUGCUGAUGGACAUGCCCACAUCGUGGAACUGCUUGUCAGGAAUGCUGCAGAUGUGAACGCCAAGGACAUGCUGAAGAUGACAGCUCUACAUUGGGAUACAGAGCACCACCAUCGAGAUGUUGUAGAGUUAUUUAUCAAGUAUGGAGCUGACGUCCACGCUUUCAGCAAAUUUGAUAAAUCUGCCUUUGACAUAGCGCUGGAGAAGAACAAUGCUGAGAUUUUGGUCAUCCUCCAGGAAGCAAUGCAGAAUCAGGUGAAUGCUAACCCAGAGAGAGCCAACCCUGUGACUAACCCUGUGACUGUGGCUGCUCCAUUCAUCUUCACCUCAGGAGAGGUGGUUAACCUCGCUAGUCUUGCUUCUUCAACCAACACCAAAACAACCUCAGCUAAUUCAGAGGAGCUAAAGGGAAAUUCUGUUGAUUCAUCAAUCCAUCAAGUAGUGGACAGUGGAGGCCAGAGAGUCAUCACCAUCGUGACGGAUGGAGUUCCUCUGGGUAAUAUCCAAACUGCAAUUCCUGCUGGAGGCAUUGGCCAGCCAUUAAUUGUAACUGUGCAGGAUGGACAUCAAGUUCUAACUGUACCUGCUGGUCAGGUUGCAGAGGAAACUAUAAUUGAAGAGGAAGAGGAAGAGAAAGAGGAAGAAGAGGCAGUGAAGUUGCCAUUGACAAAGAGAUCAAGGAUGGAAGAAAUAACAAACACUGGGGAAGAAAGCAAGGAAGGCAACAAAAGAGAAUUACUACAGCAGCAAUUACAGGAGGCCAAUCGAAGAGCUCAGGAAUACCGACACCAGCUCCUAAGAAAGAAAGAGCAGGAGGCAGAACAGUACCGCCUUAAACUAGAGGCUAUGGCCCAACACCAGCCUAAUGGAGUUGAUUUCACCAUGGUUGAAGAGAUAGCUGAGGUGGACACUGUAGUGGUAACAGAGUGGGAGGUGGAAGAAAGAGGAACAGAAGUCAGGAGUUCAGGAGGCACCACAGAGACUAACACUGGAGUUUCCAUAGAAACUGUUUCAUCUUAGCAUGCAGGGGCCACAACGUGCACUGAGUACAUCCUAUUCCUCUUAAGAAGAAAAUACAAAGACAAACACAUAAAAAUUAAAAAUGUCCUUGAGAAAACUCUAGGAGGAUACGAAGCUUGGGCCCAGGAAGGCUCUGCAUGCAACUGGAGAAUCCAAAGCCAUGUUCAGGGAACACUUCUAAGGGACCUAAAGAAUAAGGACCAAAUUUCUUAGCUUACUUGAAUGCGUUAAGCAUAGAGGCAAAUGAGUGCUGAAUGUUGUGGGUUGAUUAUUUUUAUAAAUAACUGGUUUUAUAUGAAAAUAUUUCAAAAUAAUCCUUCUAAUACAUACACGCCAAGAGCCUUUAAUAAUUAUGCCUGAAAAUUUCAAGUGACCUGAUACUUUCUGUCUUAUGUUUUUGGGACUGAUUAGAGGGUUAUUAGAAGCAAGCUUUGGGGAAAUAAAAAGCUUCUAAAGGAUCAGGCACACUCAA